GAUCCAUCAACUCCUGACAUUAAAUGUGUGGUUUUUACCUUUAAAGGUUCUUUUUAUUGGUGAUUCCACUAACAGAGGGAUGAUGUAUUACCUGAUAGAGAGAGUGAAUGAAACCCUUCAAGAAUGGCAAAAGGCACAUGGCAUGAAGUUUUAUCACAAUGUGAACAAUAGGAGUACCUUCAUUAGUUAUUCAUAUUAUCCUCAGUUCUGGAUCAAUGUCAGCCUAAGACCAACAUUUGAAGAAGCUCUAGAGCAGCUGCUACUCAGAUCACAGCCACUAGAGAAUACAGGCCAGACCAUACUAGUUAUUGGUGGAGUCCAAUGGCUGAAUUUCAGUCAUUUGCAUAUUAUUCAAAAAGUACUAAAGCGAAUGAAUCUCUCAAAUAUAAUGGUAGUGAUAAAAUCCCUGGGAGUGGGCUUUCAUCUGCCAGUGGAUGGAGUGCACACACUCUCACCAGCAGAAAUACAGAAUUUGUGGAAUGAGAAUCUUGCCAUUCUAAACACUGCAAAACAGUAUGGGUAUGAAGUAGUCGAUACUUUCAUUAUUACAAUGGGACGGUACAAGGAAUUUUUGCAAGGGAAAUGUGGAUGUCAUUUUCAUGAGGUGGCAAAAUCAAAAGUAUCUGAAAGAAGUUUUCCUACAGCAACAACAUUCUCAAGACCCUACGCUCUGGGCAAAUAUUUCAACAACCAAAGCAACCUUGUGAAACUACAAGCUUAUGCAUCCAAUUCUCAAUCUCCUUAUCAUGUGAGAGGCCCAAUAAAUCAAGUUUAUUCUGAAAUACUUCUCAGCAGGAUCUGCAGGAAUAACAGAAAGGAUGCUGGCAUGUAAUUUUGAAUGGUGGAGACGUAGAGUACUAAGACUUCCCACUUUCCCAUGGGGCGAUCCAGAGACCCUCUCAGAUUUAGUGCACACUUCUCUGAAUGGCUGAACACAUUAGCAUAAUUCAAGACAUGUGGACAUUUCGUCAAAACCUUAUAAAAUCAAGAUGCGUCUUCAUAGGUCUGUGGUUUCAGAGGGAGAAACAGAGAAGUACAAGGGGCAAAAGCAAGAAAGAGGAGUUACUUGAAAUAGUGCCCAACAUUAAAUCAGUUGUAAGCUACGUUUAUGCAAUAUUGUAUGAUAGGAUGUACUGUAUUUUAUUCACUAUGUUUGUAGAAACUCCUGAAGUAUAGGUACAGAUUUUAUGGAUAUAUCUUGUAAAAUGUAAAAAUCUCAUUCCAUGUUUAAAAGUUUUAUGAUUAUAGGUGAAAAAAGCAAUAGAGGAAAAUGCACUUCUAGCAUUUGUAUUGAGGAAAUGAUGGCAUCAGCUCUCCUUGCGCUUGUUCUAGGAGUCCAAAAAAAAAAAAAAGUCCAACAGGGAGAUUUCCUGACAAGUUUUUGUCCAAACUGAUUGAUUGAUUAUGUGCCAUCAAGUCAAUGUUGAGUUCUAGCAACCACAUAGACAGAUUUUUCUCCAUGA